UCUCCGCGGAGGGAGGCGGGUAGGCCUGCAUCGACUGACUUAUUGACUGACUUAUUGACUGACUGCUGGACACACAGCAGCCAGCCUGCGGCUCUGCGGCGCUGUUUGUUUGAGUGAGUGAGCGGGCCGAGAGGGCGUGUGUAGAAACCUCCCGGAGCUGGGCGGGAGUGAUUUCUGAGCUUCCCGGCCCCUGGGAAGUCCAACAGCUCCGCCCCCGGCCCCAGCAUCUUGGCAGAGCCCCCAAGCGCGGGCGAAACUCCGUGCCAAGAGCGCCGGGAGCACUGAGCCUCCCGGGACGGGCCGUUUCCGAGCCAGCCGGCGGUGUGCCCGCCCACCCCGCCGUGCGCUGCCCUCUGUGCCCCCCGCAGCCCUAGUCCUGCUGAGGCUGCUGCUGCGGCGGCGAAGAGAUCAAGAUGACUGGAGGCCGGGCGCCCCCACCUCUCCUCCUCCUCCUUCUCCUUCUCCUUCUCUGGGAGCAGUCGUCCCCGAACCGCGUCCCUCCAGAAACCAAAGCUGUAUUUAUUGGAGAAGAACAAGAGAACAUUACCAUACCUUGUAGUAAUACCUCCGGCCCUGGGGGCCUGGUGAGCUGGUAUAGGAAUGAGCCUGAAGCUACCUUCCUCCUUUCUUCCAACUCAACCGUCUCACCUGAAUCUCGCUACUCCCUGGUGAAUGCCAGUUCCCUUCAUAUCACAGGACUGAGCCUACAGGAUGAGGGGAACUAUACCUGUUGGGAAGUCCUGAACAAGACCCAGGGGGACCACCUGGAACACAGGGUCCAGCUGCUGGUAGCCAGCGGCCCCAACCAGAUUGACAUCAGCAUCUCACCCACUGGAAUCCACCCAAAUGGCUCCCUCUUUGUAGUCAGGGGCUCCAAGGUGACCUUCAACUGCAGCAGUAGCUCCUGGCCACCGCCCUUGGUGGAGUGGUCCUUCCAGCAGCCAGGGUUGAGCAGUGAGCCCUUUGGGAUGGACAAUAAGAACUCGAGCUAUUUUGUGCUCCACAACAUGUCACCCAUGCUUCAGGGGAACUACACAUGCUUGGCCAUGAACAUGCUCAGCAAGAGAGUUCAGAAAGUGACCUCUGAGCUCCUGGUAUAUUAUCCUCCUUGGUCAGCCCCACAGUGCUGGGCAGAGACUGCUCCCGUGGGGUCCAUGCUACAACUCAUCUGCCGAUGGUCCGGGGGCUAUCCUGAUCCCACCUUCCUGUGGACAGAAGAACCAGGGAACUUGACCUUGGGCAAUUCAAGCUCCGGUGUAGAGACCCUCAAUCGGUCCCAGCUGUCUGAUGGCAAGAAGUUCAAGUGUAUCGCAAAUCAAAUCGAGGGGUCGGGAAUGAUGGGAGCCAGCUGCAUGGUCCAGAUAAACGGACCCACCCUUCAGUCUGAGCCAUUGAAGACCUGCUUAUUGGGAGGCAACGUGACCUUCACCUGCCAGGUGUCAGGAGCCAACCCCUCAGCCAAGAUCUCGUGGCUGCGGAAUCUCACGCAGCCAGAGGAGGAGAUCCUGCCUGGCCCUCGUUACCUGAUAACACACGAGGCCUCGGUCUCCACCCUCACCAUCCUCAACUGUUCCCAGGGCAUGGACGAGGGCUACUACGUCUGCAGGGCCGAGAACCCGGUAUGGGUGAAGGAGGUGGACAUCUGGCUGACUGUGAGACAGCCUUUGAACGUUGGGGGCAUCGUGGGAGCGGUUGUGAUUUUGCUACUGUUGGGAGUGGGGACAGUCUCGGGUUUUAUAUUGUACUACAGUCCAAAUAUCUGCCUAAAAGUAGGAAACAGCCUCAGGGGUCAAGACACAAGUGAUGUCGUGGUCCUAGUCGAUUCACAGGAUGAGGAAGAGGAAGAUGCAGAAGAGGAGGAAGAAAGAGAGGAGGAAGACUUGCCGAAAGAGAUCAGCAGACAUGGCCACAUACAUCGGGUGACCGCCCUCGUGAAUGGAGACAUGGAGCGCCUGGGGAAUGGGCUUCAGGCCUUCCAAGAUGACAGUAGGGAAACCCACAGCGACAUUUUCCAGGAAAGAUGCGACCGACCUGUGUGACGGACAGUUCACCUUUUUUCCUUAUCUUCAUGAAGCACUUGGAGGAUGCUUGCUUGGAGUUCAGCUUUCCAGACACCAUAAACCAAUACCCCAGCUUGGACUCUGAGAUCUCUCGCUCUUGCCAUGUUUGGGGUCUCUCAGCAAAGAUCCCAUCCCCACUUCUGUUCUUUUCCCCCUAAUUGACUUGAUUUGCUGUUGGCUUCCUCAAGGAUGCCAAAGGGCUGUAGGGACAGGCAAGCACUUGGGAGGAAGUUGCAGAAGGGGAGUUUGGUUUCCAAAGCACAACUUUCCCUGAGAAUCUUGGCCCCAUCCAGAUGUUCCUUGUUUCUCUUGAGAGCACAAGUGAAACAUCUUUCCUUAGCAACAGGAAGAUGAUUGAAGGUUUGCUAACAGCUCUUGACAGUAUACAGAGAAGGGUAUUCUGGGACAAUUCCUUUGUCAUUCUCGAAGUCGGGUACAGCUGGGCCAGAUUUCUGGGCAAAUGUUCACUGCCUGAAAAGAAAGGUCAGGGUUUGCUAGGCACUGUUGUAUCUGGAGGGGACCCUUCCUUCCUUGGUGGAAAAUUGGGUUAACUAAAAGUGAGUGAGAAUGUUGCCAUCAAGUUUCCUUUGAAGAAGUGUAUUUGCAUUAUUAGAAUGGAAGAGCAAUGGACUUGGAAGACCACAAGCUGCAUAUCCUUGGGGAAAUCACCUUUCUGGGCCUCAGUUUCUUCAUCCGGAAAAUGAUGGUGUACAAGAUGUCUAAGGUCCCUUCCUGAGCUCUAUGGAUCCUGAGAUGAUGAUUCAUAACUUUUCCAGGCCCAUGGAUCAGCCAUAAUUCUUUUUGGAGAGGUGGGAAGCUGAUGACAUAAAGAGGGAAUGCUUUUAUUUUAACCAGAAUGUAUGGGGAAACACUACACAGGGAAUAGGAAAAGUAUGUGUAAGUGAGCCUCUACUUUUUCUGCCAGUCAGAUCAUUGAUUUGAAAGUAGAACUCAGCACUUUGCCAUGGGACAAGUAAAAAUUCAGGCUGAUUCUCAACUUUCUCACUCACCUCUUGUACUAUGAUUGAGUCACGGUCAUUCUUAUUCUGGGCUUGUCCAUCUCUAAAAUGGGGAUGAGAAAAAUGUCCCAAGGGCAUACUAGGAAGCUAGCCCCAUUGGAUAACUAUGAAAUGUUUGACAGAAGGAAAAUGUUCUGUAAUAGUGACAAGUGAAGGGCAGCUAGGUGGCACAGUGGAUAAAGCACCGGCCCUAGAUUCAGAAGGACCUGAGUUCAAAUCCAGUCUCAGACACUUGACACUUACUAGCAGUGUGACUCUGGGCAAGUCACUUAACCCUCAUUGCCCUGAAAAAAAAAUAGUGACAAGUGGAGGGUUUAGGGUGCCACGAUUGGGUUUUUUUUUCCCCACAAGGCUUUUGGUAGCUGCAUCAGUCAAGCCUUUUACAUGACAGUGACAGAGAAUGCAAGAACUUGUGUUAGGCAUUGGGUUUGUUUUCCAUGUAUACAGCUCUGCUCAAGAUGGGGCCAGGAUACAGUUUGGGGACUUGGAACUUGGAAGGCCUGGCCUCUCAUCUUGCCUCUGAUCUUCACUUCACUUCUCUAAGUCUCAGUUCCCUCAUCAGUGAAAUGGGUACCUGUGGUGCACACCUCACGGGGUUAUCAUGAGGCUCCAAUGAGGUCAUGUUAGUAACAGAAGGCCUUGGCAUGGACUUACCCUGGACUUUUCCAACACAACUUGAAUUCAGCUGAAGACUUGCCCUUUUCUAAUACUAAAGUUGACUUGGGUUAUAAAGUUCAUUGUGUAAAAAUCACAUUCAUUCACAUGUGGGGACUGUCAUGACUGAAACUGAUUUCAUUAUGCACAGGUUAUGCAUUAACUACCCAUUAUUCUGCAUGAGAAUCAGUGUAGUGGUCAGAGUGGAUCUCAGAGUAGAGAAGACCUGGGUUCAAAUCCUGCCUUUGUCAUGGUGAAUCACUUUGUUUCUUAAUGCUCCAGGCAACCCUUUAAGACUAAAUUGCAGAAAAGGUACCAGGUGGAAAAAGUUCCCUGAUGACCAAAAAAAAUUAUGUAAUAUAACCUUGGAAAAAAUUUUUUUAAGAUGUCAAGCUGAUGUCAACUGGCCAAAGUCAGCCCAGCUACCUAACCAUUUUUCUGCCAAGGCACAAGGGGAAAUCAAAUUCAGGGCUUUCCAUCCCAGGAAUCCAAGUAUUAUAUUUUGCCUCUCCACAGGACAUUUCCAUUUAGCUCCAUGAUACCUCAACUUCCAACUACUCUAUAUGGUUGAAUGUAGUAGAAUGUAGUACUCUAUGCAGUAGAAUGGGCCACCCUGACAGGUGUAUUCUAACACCUUCAAGGAGUUAAAUCACAGUCUCUCCUACUUUGAGUCAGGACAAGAAUACCAUCCCUUGGGCAACUGGGACUCAUCUGCAUUGAUUUAGCAACUGUCAUUGUGAGCCCUGGGAAACUUUAUAUGGUUGAUUCCUAGCUGGAAAAUGAGAGAAAGUUGUGCAAGGUCAUUAAAGAUUUCCCUAACUUCCUGUUCCUCUAACAGAUGUUUUAGUAAUUGAGUCAUAUCAGAGAUGGGGAACUAUUCAAGGCAGGAAUUUUUCCACUCACAAAUAAACGCUCAGUGCCAACUUACUAUUAGCCAAAGCAACCCAUUAAGCAAGCCAUGAACUAUGCACAAUUGAUGUUGCUUAUGGAUAAGCACAGGAGGCUUUGGGUGAGAUGGUAGGUUCUUAGGCACUUCAGAUUUUCAAGGCAUUCCAAGAAUUGGAGCUCAAGUAUUUUUUUAAAGAAAAAAAUUGAAAUACCAAAGUGUUUUGAGAGCCUUCGUAGGCUACGGUUAUGGUUUUAAUACAACAGUUAUUGUGACUUCACAGCAAAUUCAGGAAUUCUGCAUACUGGAACUUGGGUAGUAAAUGUUUAGGGGCUGCCUUAAUAUCUUUUUUUUUUCAGUGCGGGCGGGUGGAGUUUGAGGAGUAUACGGCUUUGUAUAGUUGGUUCCAAUUCUUCUUGAAACCCCACAGCAAAGUCCUGUUAUUCAAGCAUGACUGUGAUACACUGGAAGGUAUUGGCACUUGAAUUACUAAAACACUGAAGAUUAGUUGGGAAGACUUCUUGGGUAAAGCUUUCUAUAAUGAUGCAUUCAAUGCCAACAAGUAUAAAUAUUCAUCCUGUGACUAGCCAUAUUCUGCUAUUAGGGCUUUUAAAAAAAUGUAAGUAUCUUUGUUCUAAAUAAUUUGAUAUUUUGCUAGGGGUGGGGAUGAGGAGAAAUUAGUUUUGAAAGCUGUGGUUCAUUUUUUAUUCUGAAAUAAAGUUAUUUUUCAAUAAACAGCUUUUGUAAUCUUUAUUUAGAUCUGGUUUCCUUCCUUUAAGAAAAGUUGGUAUUUUCCACUGGCUUUACUUAAGAGUUUAAGAUGUUGCAUAAUCUACUAACUCUCUUGGCUCAUUUGAUAUAUUGUGGUUCAACUAUAAAGAUACAUUUGGAAGACCUCCCUAGUUGGUCACAAUUUGUUUUCCUUGCUUUUCCCACACAGCCUUGCAAUCCUCUGCAUAUGCCUUGUGGCCCCUGAUUCCUUACCUCUCCAACUUCAUCACCUUUAGAAUCAACAUUUUUUUUUGACAUGGUCUUUUUUUUUUCUUCCUCCCAUCCCUAUGCACCCUCAUCUCUAUUUUUGAUCAGACCCUCCAUGUUCUCAGAACUUUUCUGAGGGCUUCUAUGAACUGAUGCAGAGUUGAAAGUGAGUGGAAUUGGGGGGAAAUGGAUACAACGAUUUCAUCAUUGUAAAGAUAACACAACUUUGUAAAACUUAAGACCACUGAUCAAUGCAAUGACCAACCAUGAUUCCAGAGGACCAAGGAUAAAUCAUGCUCCACAUUUCCUGAUGAGUGAUGGAUUCUGGAUGUAGAUUGGACAUGACCCGAUGUAGGAGUUUAUUUUUGCUUGGCUAAGAAAUUUUGUUACAAGGGUUUCAGUUUUUUGUUUUCCAUUUGGGAGUUAAAGAUAGGAUUUCUUCACCCCACUCCCUCCAAAUAAAAGAGUAGAGAACAAAGGAAAAGUGAUAAGGAAUCACAGAACGACAGGACAACUUUGAAAGUUCCAUGCUUUGAUUUCACAUGUACAGUUGACUGCUUGUCUUCUUGGUGGGCGGGGAUGCCAUUGAAGGCAGGGAGAAAAUUUGGAACUCAAAAUCUAAAGAAGAGUGUUAUAAAUAAAUUAAAAGAAAGUUAUA